AGAGCUGUCCGAUUAUGGUAGGGUCUUCAUUUUAAGGCAAAAAAUGUGGUCAAAAAGCUUAAAGCAUUCUUCAUCAACGUCGUUUAAAGGCUAAAACGAAGCAAAUGUGUCUAGAUGAUGAGAAAGAAACUGAAUUAUUUGAAUAAAGGAGAAGCAAGCGGUAGCAGUGUUUUAGAAAAUAUAUCAACUACUGGUUCCACUCUUACUGAAGUAUAUCAUGUAGCGCAAGCACUAGCCCUUUUCGACUGAGAAUCCCUGCCAAAUUUAACAUGACCGGCUUGUAUUUCUAUCGUUAUGGAGGGUUUCCACCGGCAAGCAAAUAUCUUGAUAAAAUAUGGCACGACCAAAACCACAAGAAACACAAGAAAAGGUUGAAGAAUGUUAAAGGGCAGUUGGAUCUUACCCCACCAAGAAACAACAUGCAUCUCCAGAUACAACUAAAUAAACUACAUAUGGAGCAAGAACGUCAGGCUGCAAUAGAUAAGCAGAACCUUGUAAUUAUUGAAAAACUAACAGAAAUAAAGAAAUCUCCUGGUAGGAUUGACCAUAUUAAUAAAACCUGGAAACCAAGUAAUGAUAGGAUGAAACGAUUUAGAGCAAGGAGACAAAGAAGAAUAGAGCAGGAGAAUAGGCUCAUGGAAGAACGAUUAAAGAAAGUACAAUCAUACUACGAUACCGAUGAUUGGGAAAAAGACUACAAGAAGCAUUUAUACUAUAUAUCAAUGAUGGAAAAUACAACCAAAGAUUAUGAUUCUGUAGAAUAUAAAGACAUUGAGCCAGAAAAAUCUAGUGAGGGGAACAGCGACGAAGACAAAGACGACACAGACAGUCUGCCUCCAGUGCCACCAGGAACACCAGAAAGAGAUAAAAAGGACAAAAAAAGUAGUGAUGAAGAAGACAACAUCAGUUUGCCACCCAUCGACAAUAAACAAGGAAAGAAAAAAGCUUGUAAAAAAGACGAGGGUUAUUCUGAACAAGAUGCGAUAAUGGACGCCGAGGAGCUGCGGGCAGCAAUCAAAGAUGAAAAUAAAGAGAAAAUCUUAGAAAUACUUGGUAGAACAUCUGAACGAGAGAAACUGCAAGAGUUGCGUGACAAAUACCAGGAAAUGUAUGGCAAGGACCUACUGGAAGAUGUUAAACCUUAUCUUGAUGAAGAUGCUCAAGGUGUUCUUCAGUCCUUGUCAUCUUCUGCAGCUGAGGAGGAUGCAAAGAGAUUAAAUGAGGCAAUAAAGGGUCUUGGCACAGACGAGGAUACGAUAAUCGAGAUUUUAUGUACACGAAAUAACAAGGAACUGGAAGCCAUUAGAGAAGAGUACCAUAAACAAUUCCAUCGAUCUCUGGAGGAUGAUCUUAGAGGAGACACAAGUGGCGACGUGGAAAAGAUUCUUGUUGAGUUGAGCAAGGGUCAAAGAGAAGAAGCAGAAGGAGUAGAUAAAAAUAUGGCGAAAAGAGACGCAGAAGACUUGAUGGAAGCUGGUGUUGGGAGUUGGGGAACAGACGAGGGAGAAUUCAUACGUAUCUUCACACAGAGAAGUCUGCCACAACUUGCUGCCAUGUAUCCUGAGUAUCGGAAAUUAGCAAAAAUGGACAUCGAAGAAUCGAUUGACAAAGAAAUGGAUGGAGAUUUACAGAAAACUUUCUUAGCCCUCGUCAAACAUUCCCGAAAUCCAUCGGGGGCACAAGCUGACAAGAUAACCAAGGCGAUAAAAGAUGGCGACACUGAAGCUGUUGCACGGAUUAUUUUACCUAUGAAUAAGGCACAGUUAGAAAAGUUGUGUUCAGCGUACAAGAAAAUUAACAAGGUCGAUUUCGCUGAUGACAUUGAAAAGAAAUGCAGCGGAGAUCUGAAGCAAAUGCUUCUUGCAAAACUUGGCAAAGAAGCAGGGGGAAAGAAAAAAGAUAAGGAAGGCAAAAAAGACAACCAAAGAAAAAGCAAAGAAGGAGAGAAAUUACCAGCAAUAGGAAAGAAGAAAGAACAGGAAAAGAAAAGUGAAAAGAAACAAGAGAAGAAAUCCGAGCCAGUGAAAGAAGAGAAGGAUGUCAGCCAGAAGGACAUCGAUGAGUUACACCAAGCUAUACAAGACAAGAACAAGGACAAUAUAAUUGCUAUCUUAUCAAAAAAUGUUAACGAUGACAAGAAAAUACAAAAACUCCAAGACAAAUACCAGAAGGAAUACGAACAAGGAUUAUUAGAUGCUAUAAAGUCUGUCGUGGAUGACGAGGAUCUUCAGGAACCUCUGGAGUGUUUGUUUGGUUCAGCACCUGAGUACGAAGCAAAAUGUCUCUACGAAGCAACUAAAGGUAUCGGCACAGAUGAAGAUAUGCUACUCGAAAUUCUUUGUACAAGAAGCGCAUCACAACUAGCGGACAUCCAAGAAGCAUACAGGAAAAGGUACGGCACUAGCCUUGAGGAAGAUAUCAAGAGCGACACAAGUGGAGACUUUGAAGAUCUGCUAUUGGAACUGCUGAAGGGAAGUCGUGACGAAUCAGAUAAAGUUGACAAAGCACAAUCCAAGAAAGAUGCUGAAGCAUUAUACCAGGCCGGUGCCAAGACGUUUGGAACGAAUGAGAACACCUUCAUCAGUAUUCUAACAAAGCGCAACCCUGCACAGCUGAACGCGGUUUUUGUGGAGUACAAAAAGUUGGCUGAAGUUGAAAUUGAAGAAUCGAUUGAAAAUGAGAUGACUGGAGACUUGGAAAAAGGACUCCUUAUUUUAGUAAAGUGCAUGCGUAACCCCCGUCAGUUUUACUCCAAUAAACUACACAGUUCUCUUCAAGAUGGCGACACAAAUACUGCUGCACGCUUGAUUCUGACCAGUGACAAGGCCAAACUUACCGAAAUCAUGAACGAGUAUAAGAAAGCUAAUGAUACCAGCCUGGAUGAAGACGUCCAGAAGAAGUGCAGUGAAAGCUUGAAGAAGCUAUUGAUGGGGAAAAUAGGUAAAGGAAAAGAUAGUCCACAACACAAGAGCAACCAAGUGAAAGGUAAAGACACUGUCAAGGCCGACAAAGGUAAAUCCUCCCCGUCCAAGCAUGCACCACCAACGAAGAAACAGACUGAACCAGCAAAAGGAAAGAAGGACGACGAGACUAGCCAACUGUACAAGGCUGUACAAGCUGAGGAUAAAAAGAAAAUCCAAGAUAUUGUUCUCCGUCACGCUACUGAAAAACCGAAACUGAAGAAACUCUCCGACGAUUACAAGAAACAACAUCACCAGCAUCUUCUGGAAGUCCUAGAAUCAAAUAUUGAUAAAGAUCUCCUGGAAGCAAUCGCAGGCCUGCUUCUACCACCAUCUCAGGCGGAUGCGAGGACACUACAUUCAGCUAUGAAGGGUGUAGGAACAAACGAGGCUGUACUUAUAGAGAUUCUGUGUUCUCGAAGCAAUGCGUUGGCUGAAGUUGAAAUUGAAGAAUCGAUUGAAAAUGAGAUGACUGGAGACUUGGAAAAAGGACUCCUUAUUUUAGUAAAGUGCAUGCGUAACCCCCGUCAGUUUUACUCCAAUAAACUACACAGUUCUCUUCAAGAUGGCGACACAAAUACUGCUGCACGCUUGAUUCUGACCAGUGACAAGGCCAAACUUACCGAAAUCAUGAACGAGUAUAAGAAAGCUAAUGAUACCAGCCUGGAUGAAGACGUCCAGAAGAAGUGCAGUGAAAGCUUGAAGAAGCUAUUGAUGGGGAAAAUAGGUAAAGGAAAAGAUAGUCCACAACACAAGAGCAACCAAGUGAAAGGUAAAGACACUGUCAAGGCCGACAAAGGUAAAUCCUCCCCGUCCAAGCAUGCACCACCAACGAAGAAACAGACUGAACCAGCAAAAGGAAAGAAGGACGACGAGACUAGCCAACUGUACAAGGCUGUACAAGCUGAGGAUAAAAAGAAAAUCCAAGAUAUUGUUCUCCGUCACGCUACUGAAAAACCGAAACUGAAGAAACUCUCCGACGAUUACAAGAAACAACAUCACCAGCAUCUUCUGGAAGUCCUAGAAUCAAAUAUUGAUAAAGAUCUCCUGGAAGCAAUCGCAGGCCUGCUUCUACCACCAUCUCAGGCGGAUGCGAGGACACUACAUUCAGCUAUGAAGGGUGUAGGAACAAACGAGGCUGUACUUAUAGAGAUUCUGUGUUCUCGAAGCAAUGCGGAGAUCCAGAAUAUCAAGAAAGACUACAAAAAGCAAUAUGGGAAAUCUCUGGAAGAAGACGUGAAAUCAGAAACCAGUGGAGACUUUGAAAAACUGCUCGUUGCUUUACUACAGGGUCAACGUGACGAAAGUAAGUCAGUCAAUGAUGACCAAGCUCACAAAGAUGCUGAGACAUUGAUUGAGGCUGGUAUCAAGACGUGGGGAACAGAUGAGGAUAAGUUCAUCGAGAUCUUCACAACAAGAAGUAUUCCACAGCUACAAGCUAUGUUGCCUGAAUACAACAAGUGGGCAAAGUGUGACAUUGAAGAGUCAAUAACAAGCGAGAUGGACGGUGACUUACAAACUGGUCUCUUGACUCUAGUAGCUUGUUUACGAGACCCAGAGAAGAACCAAGUCGAUAAGAUACACGAUGCUCUACAGGAUGGAGAUAUGAGUACUGUAGCGAGGAUUAUUGCUGGUAGUAACGAGGCUUCGCUGAAGAAACUCGAGUCAGCGUACAACGCUAACCACAAACCCAAUCUAUUCAACGAAGUCGAUAAGAAAUGCAGCCCUGAACUGAAGAAAAUUCUCUUGCCAAAGUUAAAAGAAAGAAAUCAUGAAAAAACGACAAACAAAACCAAGGCUGAGCCAAAAAAGCAAACAGGAGCUGCUCCUCCUAAGAAGAAAGAAGAGAAAGACGAGGAUUGUACUCACCUACAUACUGCUAUUGCAAAAAAAGACAUGAAGAAAAUCAAAGAGAUAGUUCUUAGAAAUGCUGUGGAUCAAAACAAACUGAAGAAGCUGUCUGAUGAUUACCAACAGCGGUAUAACAAGGAUUUGGUAGAUGUGCUGGACUCCAAAAUGGAAGACGAUCUGCACGAAGCGAUCACAGCUCUGCUUCUGCCACCAUAUCAGGCCGAUGCAAGGACACUCUUCUACGCUAUGAAGGGUUUCGGUACCAAAGAAACUCUUUUGAUAGAAAUUCUCUGCACUCGUAAUAAUGAGCAAAUAAGAGAUAUUAAAUCAGAAUACAUGAGAAAAUAUGGGCGUUCAUUGGAAGAAGAUGUUAAAGGCGACACGUCAGAUGAUUUUGAGAAGCUUUUGACAGACCUUCUCAAGGGUGCGCGAGACGAAUCGACGGAAAUAGACGAAGAGUUAGUCCAGAAAGAUGCAACGGAUUUAUACAAUGCCGGUGUCAAGAUAUGGGGUACACACGAGGACAAGUUCAUCGAGAUUCUGACGACACGAAGCAGUGUUCAUCUCAAAGCCAUGUUGGAUGAAUACAUCAAGCUGUCUGGAGUAGAACUGGAGGAAUCUAUCAAGGACGAAAUGGAUGGUGAUCUACAAGAUGGUCUGAUCAUGUUGUUAUCGUGUAUACAAUACGAGUCUAAAGCAAUGGCUGACCAACUGUACACGGCUCUACAAGAUCAUGAUACUUGUACUAUUGCUAGAGUUAUUGCCGCUACAGAACAGGACAAAAUGACUGACAUCGAGAAUGCUUACAACUUGCACCACAGACCCAAGAUUUAUUCCGAAGUCAACAAGAAGUGUAGCGAAGACCUGAAAAAGAUAAUUUUACCAAAACUAAAAGAUAAGAAGCAAGAGAAAGAAAAGCUACCACAUAAGGCUGGUGCAAGAAAACAGAGUAUCUUUGUCAAUAAGAAACAGCCAUCAAGGAAUCCUGCUGUUAAUGCGCAUGCUACUAACAAGGAAAAAGGAGAAGACUGCAGCUUGCUGUAUAGAGCUAUCAAAAACAUGGAAAAGAAAAAGAUUACUGAAAUAGUUGUCCGAAACGCGGCAGAUGAAAUCAAAAUGAAGAAAUUAUACGAGGAUUACAGUAAAAGAUACAAGAAGAAUUUGGUUGACGAACUGGACUCGAAAAUAGAAGACGAUGUUCACGAAGCGAUCACAGUUCUGCUUCUGCCACCAUCUCAGGCCGAUGCUAGGAUGUUGUACUACGCAAUGAAAGGAAUCGGUACCCAUGAGAUUCAUCUCAUUGAAAUUCUUUGUACGAAAUCGAACGAGGAAAUGAUCGAGAUCAAGAAAGAAUACCAAAAAAAAUACGGAAGAUCUUUGGAAGAAGAUGUCAAAUAUCAAACAAGUGGAGACUUUGAAAACCUACUGACUGCUUUGAUGAAGGGAAUUCGAGACGAUUCUACAAAGGUAAAUCAAGAAUUAGCCCGUAAAGAUGCAACAGCGUUAUACAUUGCAGGCGUUAAGAAAUGGGGUACAGACGAGGACAAGUUCAUCGAAAUUCUGUCGACACGAAACAGUGUUCAUCUCAAAGCCAUGAUGGCUGAAUACAUCAAGCUGUCUGGAGUAGAACUGGAGGAAUCUAUCAAGGACGAGAUGGAUGGUGAUCUUCAAGAUGGUCUGAUCAUGUUGUUAUCGUGUAUACAAGACGAGUCUAAAGCAAUGGCUGACCAACUGUACACGGCUCUACAAGAUCAUGAUACCUGUACUGUUGCUAGGAUCAUUACCGCUACAGACCAGGGAAAGUUGUCAGCCGUUGAAGCUUCCUACAAUUCUACCUAUGAACUAUCACUUUAUAAUGAAGUCAACAACAAGUGUAGUGACGACCUGAAGAAGAUUAUUUUACCAAAACUUGAAGAUGAAAAUAAUAAGACGAAAGACAAGACGAAUGGCAAAUCUAGGAAAAUAUCGCGAGGCAGCCAAGGAAAAAAUUCUGUGAAAAGCAACUCAAAUCAAUCUGCAAACAGUGAGGGAAAGAUUGGAGAAGAAAAGAUAGAGGAAGAAGAUGAGACUAAUGAAGAAAGACCAAAACUCCACGUAAAAAAAAUCGAAUACCACGGAACGGUAGUUGCUGCCAAGGACUUUGAUGCCGUAAGGGAUGCAGAAAGACUGAAGAAGGCGAUGAAAGGCUUUGGUAGCGAUGAAGAUGCAAUUAUCAGUGUCCUCACGGCUUGCACUUCUUCACAAAGACAAGAAAUUGCUGCUACCUUCAAAGAACAGUAUGGAAAAGAUCUUGUAGAUGAGCUCAAGUCUGAAUUAAGCGGUAAAUUCGAGGAAGCCAUAGUUGGACUGAUGUCAUCACCAGCCGUUUACGAUGCAAAUAUGCUUUAUUCUGCUAUGAAGGGAAUAGGGACUGAUGAUAGCCUAUUGACAGAGAUAAUAUGUUCGCGUACCAAUGAGCAAAUUGAAGAAAUCAAACAAGCCUACAACACAGUUUAUGGAAAAGAUCUCAUUGAAGAAGUUCAAGGUGAGACAAGUGGGGACUUCCGUUCAGUGCUGAUUGCCCUUCUACAGGGUAAAAGAGGACUGAGCUCUGACAGCGUCAACGAAGAAGAUGCGUAUCAAGAUGCGCAAAGACUACUAGAGGCAGGAGAGAAGAGAUGGGGUACAGACGAGUCAGUGUUUAUUAACAUUUUAACAACAAGGAGCCCCAUGCAACUGAAAGCAAUAUUCCAGGCUUAUAAGCAUGUUUCGAAUAAAGAAAUCCUUGAAGCCAUUGAAGAAGAGCUUGAAGGGGAUUUUCACGAUGCAGUAAGAACUAUUGUGCUGAGUACAAGUGAUCCACCCAAGUAUUUUGCCGAGUGUCUUCACUCAACAAUGAAUGGAAUGAUGACCAAUAAUGCAGCCGUAACUCGUAUCAUCAUUGCUCGAUCUGAGAUUGAUCUUAUCGAGAUCAAGUUAGCAUACAUCGAACUAUUCGGCAAGACCCUUGAAUCCGAAGUCAAGGACACAUUCAAAGGUGACCAAGAGGGACUGUUACUAAAACUUCUUGGGGAGCAGUAACAUUUAGAAAACGAGAGACACAACAUUUGUAUAAAAAUGAUAUAUCGUAUAUUUGCUUUUCCGGUUUCCCGGAAUUUAUUCGAAACCACCAUCAGUAGUUUAAAAGUUACAAAUACUGAGUACACUAACGAAAACAUCAGUAAAUCACUAUUUCAAACUAUGAUACGGUAGUAUAGUAUUCAGUCCUGAUUCUAUUUACAGAAACUUUCACUGAAUAUCACUGUAAAUAAUCAGUUGCUCGGGCAACAGACGCGAGCGUGUUAUAUACGAUAGCUGUAGGCGAAAAUCGUACCGCCUAAACCGGCCUUAAUGCUCGCUGACCUAUCAUCUCGAGAAAAAGGUCCCAUAAAAAAACUCUGGAUACCAAAUAAACCACCGGGUCAACGAGGCCCACUUCAUAAAUAAACGCUGGAGGCGUUUAAUCAAGUAAAUAUGGUAAAAACAUAUUUAUUAAAAAACUCAUUAAUAAUUCAUGAAGGAAACAUAAUAGAAAUCAUGACCAUGAAGGAGGUUUUAUAUCUGAUAUAGAUU